CGUGUCUGGCGGCUUGCUGCUCUGUCUCUCUGUGAAGUGGGUGCAGGACUUGAGCGCGUGUCCUCUGCAGGCCGCCGUACAGUCCGAGCGGUUUCGCGUGACGCAGCGGCGCCGAACGGGCAGCAGAAUCUCAUACAGGCAAGAUGGCGACAUCGGAGCCGCGAGGAACUGAAAGUGAAGAAGCUUCAAAUGAUAGUCCUACACCAGCUGUUGCAGAACAGUACAUCAAGCACCCUUUGCAAAACAGAUGGGCUCUCUGGUAUUUCAAAAACGACAAGAGCAAAAGCUGGACAGAAAACCUGCGACUGAUCUCCAAAUUUGACACAGUGGAAGAUUUCUGGGCGUUAUACAACCAUAUACAACAACCCAGUAAGCUUGGAUUUGGUUGUGAUUACUGCUUAUUUAAGGAUGGCAUCAAGCCCAUGUGGGAGGAUGACAGGAAUAAACUUGGAGGGAGAUGGUUAAUGACUCUCAGCAAACAGCAGCGACACAAUGACCUUGACCGAUACUGGAUGGAGACACUGUUGUGUUUAAUUGGAGAGUCUUUUGAUGAAGCCAGUGAAGACGUAUGUGGAGCUGUGGUGAACGUUCGACCGAAGGGGGAUAAAAUAGCCAUCUGGACAGGAAACUGCCAAAAUAGAGACGCUAUCAUGACGAUAGGGCUUCAAUACAAAGAGCGCUUGAAUCUCCCAAUCAAAACGCUUAUUGGAUACCAGUCCCAUGAUGACACCUCUAGCAAAAGUGGCUCCACAACAAAGAACAUGUACUCAGUUUGAAGAAGACUUUCAACUUGUAGGUUUAUAAAAUUACCAAUUUGCAUCACAAUAAUACUUUUGAGUUGUCAACUACUGUAGUGUCCUUCCUUUUUAAGAAAAAAAUAAAGAAAAAAUGUUAAAUAUGUAAAUGUAUAGUAAUCCCCAUCCUAAACGAUCAGCACACAUGGUGUGGGUCAAGGAACGUCUAAUGCUUUAGACCUGCGAGGGGGACUGCAUCAACUAAAGCUGUGUGAAUCAAGCUAGAUGACAAAAUUUUAGAGCUCAAGAGUGUGAAACUAAUAAACUAUAUCUUCCCUAGCUAAAGAGGUUCUAAAGCUUAGAUUGAAGAGUCACCUUUCUUUCCUUUAACCUUUCUUUUCUCAUGUUUCUUAUAAAAGUGUUCCACACGUACAAGAAAAUAAAUAUUGAUCGCUUCAUCUACGUACAUUUUAAGGGCCACAAAUAUUUUAACAUGCUUUGGUUAGAGGUGUUUGGCAUGAGAAGUGAUUGCAGAGGCGUCUGCAGAUUGACUAUCUUAAAGGUUUGUAACAGAUUAGCUGUGGUUGUUCUCCGAGUUUGGAAGAGUAGCCAAUUAUUGGUUCAGCUAUGCUGAACUUGCAGAAUCUUGCUUGUAGACCUAUAUUCAACUUUUUGUGUUAGCCCCACAUCUAUUUAUGAUAUCUGCAUUGCAGUUGAACUUUAGUGAGAGGAUGACUGAAAAUCAAGUUUCUGUUUCUUUUUUUUUUCCUUUUUUGUUUGAAGUUGUUGGCAAUGUGGACUAAAUCAUUUUUUACAGUGUAUUAUAAAGUAAAUGCCUAAACAGCUUUUUAGGUGUGCUUUUCACAUUUCUCCCCCUCCUAACAACAUUGUAAACGUUUUCUAGUUUGCUCCACUUCUGUGAGUGAAUUCAAAUGAAGAGGAUAUUCAUUGUGAAUUUAUUUUGCUCAAAAUGUACCUAUCUGUAAUUUCCGGAUGUAUAUUACCUUCUUUCGAGUAAAGGUUAAGUGCUUUGCAUUAACAGGAUGAUCUGUGCUGUUUCUUAAUUCUCGGUGCACACAGUACUAAUGAAACCAUAUUACUCUUGAAAUAAAUCCGUUGCCGUUGGCAUUGAUAUAAUCAUAGUUUUUGAUCAUGUAAUUCACUCUUUGUUUUUUUUUUUUUUUUUUUUUUUUUUAAGUUAACAAUGUCAUCAUUGCUGUUGUGAAAUUAGCCACUGACAUCUGUAUACCACACCCUUUAUCCAGUUUCCAGACACACAAGUGGCUAAAACUGAACAAUUUCAGUUAUUUAUUUGCCGUGUGUCACCGGUGCAAAGCCUGGUUGUCCAUAUGCAAAAUGUCACUGUGUGAAACAGGUGGUAGAAAAAAAUAAUAAAACUUAUCCUACAGUC